AUGAAAAAUGAAUUUAUUUUGUUUUCCAUACGUAACAACGAAGAUAUGGCACUCACUUGCAAAAAGCACAAAAACUGCUACAUCAGGAAGGACAGAAAAAAGUGCCUCACGCCAAACGCAUGGGUGGUCUUCCUUCGAACCAACAAAAACGUGUUCACCUCCAUAGAAGAGGCCUCCGUGGAUUACCAUAAAAACUUUAAACCGGUUCUUGAAAACUUGAUCAAGGUAGGAUCCAAGGACGCAAGUGCAAAACAAAAGAAAGCUCUUUUCCACAAAGCCAUAUGCGAGUACUUCUACCAUCAAAUGAAGGCUUCGGGCAAGAACACCGCAAGCAACAAGAAAAAAGUUAGUAGCAGCGUGUCCAAAGUCCUCGAGCAAAACGGCAUACCCAACACACUGAAGAUCAUGGGAGCCACGCAUACUGCAGCGGCCUUGGCUGCAAAAGAACAGGCUAUGAAGAAGGCAGCUGCCAAUGUCGCCGCAAAAGAAAAAACCGCAGAAGACCAAAGACGCAAAGCGGCAGUCAUCAUCAAGAGGGCGGUCGAGGCAGCUGCGCGGGCGAGGCGGCUGAAGAAGGAAGCUGAUUCUGCCAAAACUAGAAAGACGGCCUCCAACAGAGCCAAGCGGAGGGCUGAUACGCUGAAUGAUAGCGCCAAGGAUGCCAUCAAGAGGAUGAAAAAAACGGACAAAGCCGUCACAGAGGCCAAAGAUAAAGCCAAUAAGGUAGCGAAAAGGAAGGUGCCACGAGCUUUAGCCGGACUAGAUACAAAACUCAAAGAUACUGGUGUGGGUAGAAAGAGGACGAGGAGACGUUGA